AUGAUAAAUAUUGAUAAUAUUAAUAAUAAUAGUAAUAGUAGUAGUGGUAAUAGGAAACAAUUCGAACAACAACAACAACCUACCUUUCCUCUAAGAAAUGAACCUACCACAAUAGACUCUGAAUCAACUUCACCUUCCACCACCAUAGUAUCAACAACAACAACAACAACAACAACACCACCAUCUACAACAACACCAACAAAUAUCAAUAAUAAUAAUAAUAACAAUAAUAGUAGUAGUAGUACAAGUAGUAAAUAUAAUGUUUUAAAUCUAUCUUCACCAAUGGCGACAGCGACAACAAAGAAAUCAAUUGCUGGACAAAACAGUAGUAAUAAUAAUGCAGAUAAAUAUCAAAAGAGUAAUAAUAAACAAUAUUGGUGUUGGUUGCUAAAGGAAUAUAUUAGAUUAGGUCAUGCUAAAUCUAUGAAUCGUGUGAUAAAGAUCAUAGAUCAAUUGGAAUCCUAUCCAUUCAGUUACUUUAAUAAUAUCUAUCACGACGACCAAAAGAGCAACACGAUAAACAGCAACAGAAACAACGUCAUCUCUGAUAAAUACAUGAAUGACAGAUACUACUACACCUACAACAACGUGGAUCUAGUCGAUAUAAGACGUCUAUCAUUCCCAUUCCUCUACAUCCCCAAUCUUCUCCGGCAACGAAGCGAUCUCUUUCAGUACUUUAACAAGAACUUCUCAUUCAGUAACAUUCUAUACGCUCUUAGUACCGCUAAUAUUGAAUCGUUAUUACAACCAAAUUAUUUACCGAUAUCUAAAUCAGUACCGAUUGUACCAUUUCUACUGACGAUGGUAUAUUUAAAGUUGUGUGUAUCUAAGGGAGAGGGAUUGCGUGCUAUUGUCGAUGCACUUGUAGAUUGUCGGGCAAAGAUUCAUAUGAUACCUGCCUAUGAGUAUCCAGCGAUUCCACUCGAUGUACUCUUGAACUCGAUACUACUUGGACAUGUGCGUUUCAUCGAUUGGGAUCCAAUCACAUCCGAUCUCAUAAAGACAGAAGUAUACUUUAACGAACUAUUUGAAACUCUCUAUUUAACUGGUAGAGAUUAUUUAACAUUACCAUCAACCAACACCAAUAAUAAUAAUAAUAAUAAUAACAAAUCAACAACUUUAAAUUCAACUUUAUCUUUAUCUCCUUCUCUAAACAACAAAUCAACAACAACAACAAUAUCAUCUUCUACUUCUACUACUUCUUCUUCUUCACCUUCAAAUUCAAAUGUAAUAUCAAAUUCAAAUUCAACAACAACAACAAGUACGAGUACAGGUACAGGCAGUGUAAAAAGUUCAACAAGUAGAUCAUUACCAUUGCUAAGUAUUCCGAGUGAAGAUUAUAAUCUAAAGACAAUCGAUAUCUAUUUGAAUGACAGCAGGAAGAUCGUUUACUACAACAUAAACAAAGAUAGUAGCACUGUUUCACAACUACAAGAAAUAAUGAUUGUAUUAGAGUCUUGUCUAAGACUAUCGCUAAAUUGGAUAUCAAAAGUAACUGGUAUACAAGGUGAGAGUUUAGAUAAAGAUAGUUGGUGGAAUAAACAACCUGAACAAUUGAAUCUAUCAAUGAAACUUUGGAUUGGUUUAAUGGAUAGAAUAUUCUCAGAGAUCAUCAAGGAUCCGAAUGCAGAUAAGCUACGUUUGAUUGGUUUGAUUUGGUUGGGUAUUUCUAUAUCGUUGGAUGAUGAAUCAUAUCCUCUAUUUAUACAUUAUAUCAAUAAGUAUCCUGAUAAUCUAAGUGAUAUAACAAAAUCAACAUUAAUUAUAAAGGCAAUUGGAUUCGCAUUGAUUGGUGUACAAACGAUUGAACAAACGAUCGAGCUCGUUGGAAUGAUGUCAUCACUCUGGGAUAAUCCUAUUCACCAACCAAACACACCACCGACAUUGGAACAUGCAUUCUUAAUCUACAAAACGAUUCACUCUGUAUUCAACAACAAGUUUAAACAACAACAGACACUACAACAACAUCAACAACUUCAACUUGAAAAUGAAAUAAUAGAUUGGACAAAAGUUGUUUGUGAUGAAGCAAACAAUAUAUUUUAUCAUUCAAAUUUAAUUCAAAGUAGUAAAUGUAAAUUCAUUCCAAGUGAACAAAGAAAACAGAUGAUGAGCCAGAUUCAAGAGAUAUUCUACACCUCUGUCAAUCAAUCAAAUCAUCUUUCGAAACAUCAAAAGAUUGGUGUUGCAACUGCCUACUCUAUGAGUAAGAUUGAACCAUUCCAAGAUAAACAAGCAUGUCAUAAUAUAUUAAAGAUAACAUUAGAUGUUUUAUUGGAAGAGAUCUUGGGUAUCAAUUGUUGUUUGAAUGAGUGGUUGGAGAAGCCAUCUGAUAUUAGUAAUCUUGUUAUCAAAAAGAUAGAAUCUCAUAGAACUGCACCGAUCUUUACCGUAUUACCUUCAUUUGUUACUUCUAUUACAACGUUAAUAUUGAAACAAACCUAUCAUUCCCAAGAGGUAUCAUCGAUUCAAAGAACAUUAACACCUACUUUAACGGGUAUUGUUAGAUGUUUCUCAUUUCUAUUCACUGAUAUUGCUAAAUCGUUGACUCCAAUCGAUAGUGUCAUGGGAAUUGAGAUAUUCAGUCAGAUUGGAUUCAUCACUGACGAUGACAUACCGAUUGCCAAUCUAGCUAUCAUGUCGCUAGUCAACAACGUUAGCAAAUCAGAGUGUGCAAUCACACGUGUCGUUGACAAACUACCAAUCUAUUUAACAGUUCCAAAAGACGAUAGUAUUGCUUGCUCCAAGGUAGUAAUCUAUUUGCAUGCUCUUGAGAAUCUAAUCACCAAGGUUCCACACAGUCUAAUUAUAAAUCACAUCGUACCAAACCUGUUUGAAUAUAUGGAAUACCCAAAUGAAAAGAUUAACAAACUAUCUCAUAUGAUCAUGGCAAAGAUAUUUACAAUCCCAGACUUGCAACUGACGAUAAAGAUGGUACCAAAAUACUUGUCUAUUGCUUUAAGAACAUUCCCAACAUUCACAAAGAUUACAUCUAUAUUUACAGUACUAGUUAGUAUUAUCGAGAAUAAUUCACCUACCAAUCCGGUUGUGUUGUACUCUAUCAAGAUGCUUACUGACCAAGUUUUGAAUAUGAUGCCACAAGACAAACAAAAGACAUCGUUGAAUGGUUCACUCAGCAAUUUGGUUCAUCUGCUAUUCUCAACACUCCAGUUUAUAGAUGCUCAAAUAUUGAAGCUGGUCCUCGUAGAUAUUAAGGAUGUCAUCGACAAGGCACCAAACUUUAAGAUUAAAACUGAACUGUGCACGCUUUUGCUUUCAGAGAUCACCGAAGUAAAAAUUGAUUUAUUAAUUUUUACUUUUUCAUAA